UUAAAGUUAAACUUGAGUAUUUAUCCCGCAAAUUACUAAACUAAUUUAAACAAUCUUUCAAAAAGAAAAAGAAAAAGAGCCGUUACUCUCUUCUCAACAAAGGAAAUAAAAAAAAAAAAAAAUAGCCGUUACUCCAUUUUCAAAUUAAAAAAAAGAGCCGUUACUCCAUUUUUCAAGAAAGAAAAACAACCCUCAUACGCCUAAACUCAGAUCAAUCUUUCACUCUGUAACUCUUUUCAGAUCAAACAAAAAAAAAAAAUCUUUCACUCUGUAACCAUUUCGAAUUUUGUUCACUCUCUCUGUUGGUUUUUUCUGGUGCAAAACCCAUGGCGGUGAACAGGUCUCCUUCGCCAGUCUCACGCAGAGCAAACCCAAAUGCAAGAAGUUCUGAAAUGGGAAACCCCAUGAGAAGAAGCUUCACAGGGAACCCCUUCAGCACUAAACCCUCCAUUGUUCCCAAUCCAAGAGUUCUCAACCCGAAUACUCCGGCUAAUAGUCCUUCAGACCAUCCUAGAAGAAGCUCAAUAGGUGGCGGCGAUGUUGAUGAUGAUAAAGAAAACGCUAAAUUGGCGGCUAGAGUUCGUUCUCCAAUGGCGUCGGCUUCAAAGGGAACUAAAAACUUCAUGUCACCAACGAUUUCGGCUGCUUCAAAGUUCAGUACUCCUUCUCCGAGGAAGAGGAAGAUUUUGGAAGAGAGAAAUGAAGCGGUUCGGGGUUCUCUUGAUUUGAAGGGAGAAAAGACUCAAUCUUUACCAAAGAAGGUAACUUUUAAGGAACCCCUUGAGUGUUUUUCUGACAAUGUGGUUAUUGAAGAGGCUGACCUUGUUAAUCUUGACCCUUCUUUUAAGAUUAGUCCUCCUUGUUCUUAUUCAAUUCCUGUCAUAGCUCCUAAUUUAGAUUCAUCAGAUCAUGAUCCUCCCUUGGCACCACCACCACCCCCAUAUGAUCCUAAAACCAAUUUUCUUUCUCCAAGGCCUCGCUUUCUUCGUUACAAGCCCAGCCCUCGAGUCGAACUCUUUCUUAACAACAUCACAAGUGAAGGGAAUGCACUCUUUGACACUGAUGAUAUCAGUACAGAAGAAGAGGAAACUCAGUCUGAUGAUUAUUCCCAAAAGGAUUUGGAAGAAAAAGAAGAAGGGGUUAUUGUUUCUGAGCCAGUUCUUAUCGAUGUGCUUGCUCGGGAGAAGGAGGAGGAGGUGGAGAAAGAAGAAGAGCUCAUUGUUUCUGAGCCAAUUCUUUCUGAGGAGAAGGAGGAGACUGUUGAAGAGGAAAAAGAAGAAGAGCUCAUUGUUUUUGAGCCAAUUCCUAUUGAUGGCACUAAGUCACAUUCUUCAAUUUGGAGAUCAAAGUUGACAUCUUUACUUAUUGUUUUGUCAUUUGUUUGUCUAGCUAUCUCAAUUUCGAUUUCACCUGUCACUGAUGAAACUGUGUUUGAUAGCUCAUCUCUAUUGAAGCAGUAUGAUUAUCAUGGUGGUGAUGUGAUGGCAUUUGCUAAAGCAAGAUUUGACGAAUUAGCUAGAGAUUUCGGUGUUUGGUAUGCAGACACCGUGUCUGUCUUUUUCGAGCUGUUGCUCUCUAACCUUAGAGGAGGAGGAGGAGGAGCACACAAACUAGGCCCUUUACAGUAUUACAACUUGAGUUCUCUAGUUGAGGAUGCAAGUUGUGGUGGUGAUAAUAGCUAUGAAAUGAAUGUGUUUGUUCCCUCAAGAGGAGUGACAGAGGUUGUUGGUAUUAUUGUACCUUUGGAAGACAAUGGAAAAGUGUCUCAACAUCCUGAAGGUGAAGAUGAAUCUGAGUCUGAGUCUGAGAUUGAGAUUGAGAUUGAGUCUGUUGUAGCAGAAGAAGAAGACUUUACAGAUGAAAGCCUUGAAAAUGAGAUUGAGAUUGAGUCUGUCUCAGAAGAUUUUACAAAUGAAAGGCCAGAAAUUGUUGGUGAUUCUUCACUAAAAAAUGAGAAUGAAAUCCCACCAGAAACUGUUGAUGCUUCUUCUUCAAUCCAAGUUGUGAAAACAGUAGAUGGGAAUGAAAAUGGUCUCUCCAAAGUGAAUGAAGAAAUCCCAGAAGCAGCAACUAUUGAUGAUGAUGCUUCUUCAAUCCAAGAUGUGAAAAGUUCACAAGUAACAAUGGCAUGUUGUGCUAUCUUGGCUCUUCUUAUUGCAUCAUCCACCAUAGCCAUUGUGUUGCUAGUAAAGAAAGUGGAUCCAGCAACAACUCCUAUUCUGCCAGAAAAGUCAAAAAACUCUUGUUGUCCAUCUGAAAUGAGCAGCAGCAGCAGCAGCUUUCAAAAUCAAAAGCUCACAAAGAAGAACAAACAUAAUAAUAAUAGGAGAGAAUCCACUGCUACUUCAUCAUGUUCAUCAAUGGAAGAAGAUUCCAUUUCCAUUUCAUAUGGAAGUUUCACCACUUAUGAGAAGAUUCCCACUAAUGAUGAUGAGAUCAUUACACCUGUCAGGCGCUCUAGCAGACUCAGAAGAAGCCAUGUCACUUCACCUUGACACAUGUGAUUGGAUUUACUUUACUUGCUACUGCUUUUCAUCCUUUUCUUUUGCCAUUUUUAUUAAGUGUUGAUUGUCUGUGUAGUGUGUUAUAAUCAUAACCGUACUAUGAUGUAGUUAGUUAGUUUGUUAAUCAUAACUUUGAUUGGUUUGGUUCUUAUAUAAUUAACACUCAUUUGA